AUUAUGACUGAGCUUGGGUCAACUAGGAUGGCUAAAGUCAAUAGAAACUUAAAGAAGCAUAUGGAGGAACUCCUCAGAUCGAAAAAUUAUCUAGGACACAAGAAAAAGUGGAAUGAAGUUUACCUUGAAAUUUCGAACCAGUCCAGAAAUGAAGUUGGAGGAGCACAGGAUUUCAAUUCAGUAAUGGUAGGAGAGGAGGCUCCUAAAUACGUGCCAAGGAGGAUCCUUGGCUUGCCCCACACAAAGCAGUAUGCUACACAGCUCUCUCCUGAAAUCUCACCUGUGCGAGAUCUUAAGGCUAAUGAAACAAAGGAGAGCAUGACUAAAAUCUCUACUGAUGAAAGAAGUAAAGAUUGGAUUAAGGCUGACGAAGAAGUUAAGUCAUCCCAGUCCAACACCAAAGGAGAGGGUGACACUCAUCAUAGCCUCGACAGGUCCAAGGAGAGGGAAGAAGAGGACAACAUAGAAGACUUUAUCAAUAAGUACUGUAAGAGUUACCCCUCUCCUUUCACCUGGAAGCUCAGCAAGCUUUGAGAAAGCCCUAAUGCGUUUAUUGAUUUCAAGAAGAAAAAUAUGAGGUUCGUUAAGGAAUAUGAUAAUAUUUUUGAAAUGAGGCGUAUGAGGUACGGUAAAUACCAGUCAAAGUCCAUCAUCACUGAGCUUAAGAAGAAGUACUCUAAAGCUAAUAAGAGGAAGAAGGACACCGUACCUAAACUUUCAAAAGUGAUCGAGGAUUAUGCCGCGAGAUUUGGUGAUGGAAGCAUUGGUAGAUAUCGUCACCACGAUUUUUCCAAAUAACUGGAAUGAAACGUUCAAAGGCUCUUCAAUGGAUUAUAAUAAUCAUCUACAAAGAAGAAGCACGAUUUAUGCAGAAAAUGUUGUUAGGAAAAUAAGAAAGGCCUCUCGGAUGAACAAGAAAACACCGGUUCCAAGAUACCUUAAUGCUCAGAUUUCAAGCAAAGCAUUUUCUUUAGCAAGUUCUAAGGCAUCUACUUCUAAAGCGCCUUCAAAGUUCACAAAAUAGCCCACAAAGUAGUACUAAUGGCACUAGAAACCGUUUCUUGGCAGAAAAAGUCUCCUCUGCGAAGCAAAAUCGUCGUUCUCGAAUUCCUCGCAAUAAGCGGCUGAUUCUCUCUGUGGAUAAUGGGAAGCCUGGUCAAGGGCCAGGCAAGAUUCUCGUCCAGGACACUAAGAGCAGCACCAAAAAAGAGCGCUUGAAGAGCGGUAAUCCUUUUCAGAGGCAGAAAAGACGCAAAGAGUUUAGGUACAUCUUUGGAUUUUAUCGAUUAUAAUAGCCCUAAAUCAAGAAUUUUUAACCACACUGAGAUCAAUUCCACUAUAUAUUCCAAAGCCAAUGCUGACACUGACCACCAAAAUAAAGAUCUGAUGAAAAUUAAUAGAGCACUUGAGAUGGAAAAUUUCGCACAUGAUGAAUUCCUAAAGAUGCUUAAAAUCUUUAGGGAUCUAGACUUUGCCCACGGCAAAGCUCUAGAUAUGCUGAUUGCUUAUAAAUUCAGAGAAAUAGCAAUGAAUGAAGGUAGGUCCCUUACAAGAUAUUUCUCUAGAGAUUGUCAAGGAGGUAGUCAAGGAGUACCAUUCAGGCUCUGUCGAUCCUGUGAAAUAAUUUCCUUCCGGUCUGAAAAAGAGGCUAAAGAGCCUCUUGGACAUUUGAUAAAGUUAAUAACGGAUUUUUCAAUCU